GUUUAUACCAAUCGUUGUGACAGUUGCCAAACAGACACGUGGCCGGAAUAAUGUCGAUUUCGGCUUGGUAUAGAGAAACAUUAGAAACCUUUCAAAAUUCCAUAAUCUGUAGACGCGUUAAAUUUGAUGGCGUGCAGUGGGCCACCGCACACGGCGAUUGUUGUUAACCUGCUGAUUGGCGAUUUGGUCCAGGAUGCCGUGAACGAGCCGUUCAAGCUCUCCGAACAGACGUCCACCUGCCGGCGGCUCUUUCACAUUCUGGGCUUCACUCCGGCGGAUGUUUUCGAGGACGAUGAUGAGCCCGGUGAUGGGAACUCAACGGACAAGUCUAGUUCGUGCACUCUACGGAACAUACCGAAUCCCAACGCCAUGAACAUUAAGCAGAGAAAUUGGCACAGUUGGAUGAAGAAGGCAUUAGCUGAAGAGAACUCCGAAGAUGACAUUGAGAUAUUCAAGAGGUCGCAUGCGUACAAGGUGCUCGAGACAACCGGCGUGCAGACGGAACAGCCGAGGCUGAGGCGAAAGGAGCCUGGAGCAGUGCCUGUCGAUGUCAGGCAAGGUGGACAACCGGGGGAGGCACCUUGCGAAAUGACCCGCCAAACGAUCUUCAUAGAGGCGGUGUCGGUGCCCAUUCCCAAUGUGCUGGCCCGGGCGCCGCUGGCCGACAGGUUCUGCUAUAUGCUGACCGACUUUGCCUCGGCCCUCUAUUGUAGUCUUGCCAUCAUGUGUUGUUGCACCCCCAAUAUGUUGCGAUAAAUGACACAGCAGUGCCGCGCCGCCAACAACAGUCGUUUGCCGCUGGUCAGUUUUCUGAUUACUACUACUUUGUUAUUUAUUUAAGAGUGAAACUAAACCAAUCAUAA